UUGAAAAAAGAAGGGCGUGAGGAGCCCGCUCGAGACGAUGCCGCCGUGGAGACAGCUGAGGAAGCAAAGGAGCCCGCUGAAGCUGACAUCACUGAGCUCUGCCGGGACAUGUUCUCCAAAAUGGCCACUUACCUGACUGGGGAACUGACGGCCACCAGUGAAGACUAUAAGCUCCUGGAAAAUAUGAAUAAACUCACCAGCUUGAAGUAUCUUGAAAUGAAAGAUAUUGCUAUAAACAUUAGUAGGAACUUAAAGGACUUAAACCAGAAAUAUGCUGGACUGCAGCCUUACCUGGAUCAGAUCAACGUCAUUGAAGAGCAGGUAGCAGCUCUUGAGCAGGCAGCUUACAAGUUGGAUGCAUAUUCAAAAAAACUGGAAGCCAAAUACAAGAAGCUGGAGAAGCGAUGAGAAACCUGUUUUUAUGGGAUAGAGUCUUUUUUUUUUUUUUUUUAACAUGGAAGAAUGUUUUAUAAAACCCAAAUCCUGAGGCUGAUGAAUUGUGAAAACUCCUCAAAAGGAAACUAAGCUGGUCAUCCCAGGAACAUCUCAAUGUUGGAGUAAACUGGAGGACUGUGGCUAUUCGUGAACCUUCUUUGAGGCAGUAUCCCUCAGAACCUCACACUUAAAACUCCUUACCUUUUACUUGAAUGCUUUGCCGUAUUCAGGACAGAGACUCUCUCAAAGUUUAGAAUACAGCUGGGCUUGCCAGUAAAAUCAAAUGAGAGGACCUAUUUUCUCUGGUAGUGGAUGAAUACUACAUUAUUUUCUUAAGUGGCUGGUUUUUUAGUUACUAUGUAAAUGGUUGGUUUUUUUUCUGUUAAUGAUGCUAAUGUGUUAUAAACAAGAUUCUAAAUUUAAAAAGGAAAAGAAAACAAA